AAUCCCCCUCUCUCUCUCUCUCUCUCUUGCUCUUAUCCCUCACACGUAAAUACAGCAAUGAAGAAAAAGGUUUUUGCACUAAGGCACCAUUUUCUCGUUCUCUUCAAAACAGAUUUUCUUAUAUAUAUUAUAAGCAAUUUUCAUAAUAAAGAAUAGUAUAAAAGCUCUGUUAGCCUAUUGUAGCUGCCCUUUUUAUUUCCAAGAGAGAGCCAAAAGACAGUAUUGUUUUUGUUAUGCGAGGAAACCCAAAAAAACAUCUCUUCUUGGGUCUGCAGAAGAACUUCUCUUUCUCUGCAGCAUUUUCAUUUUCAUAGUCCUUAGAAUGUGGGGCUAAGUGCAUGAAUGUGUAACUGUUAGGCUGUUGGGUCCCUUAAUUCCCAUAUUUUCUUUUCUUUGUUUUUAGAGAAGUUUUAUCUAUUGUUCUGUUCUUUCCUUUUGGUUUUUGGCAGAAGAUAUUGUUUUGCCUUGUUCUGUGAAACCCAAGAAACAAUUAUCUUACACAUUUGUAGAGUAAUGAUGAGUGGUUCUUUGUUUCUUUCCUUUAAUCUUUAAAUCUUGUCUUUUACAUUCUCUUCUGCUACUAUUAAAGAAGUUCUUCAAACCCAGAAUAAGAAAAAACCAACUAUAAUCUUGUCUUAGAGAGAAACCAAUAGAAACAGUUCAUAUUUGUCAGUAGUACAUUUAACGCUCAAUGCAGAAUUUGUGUGUUCUGCAUUUCGAAAUUCGAGGAAUGUUAACUUAUUAAGAGAGAGACUUAGAAUUGGAUAUUAAAUAAGUUUCUUCAGAAAUUUUUUGGGUUUCAUCAGUUGAAGAUAGGAGAAGAUGCCAGCAAAAUUCAUUCAUAAUUUACCAGAUGAAAAUCCAGAUCUGCAGAAGCAGAUUGGAUGUAUGAAUGGUAUUCUUCAACUGUUUGACCGCCACCAUUUUCUUGGCGGUGGCCGCCGUGCAAUUGGCCAGAACCGCAAGAGUCUUCCAUCAUCAGGACAAAGUGGCAACGACAGUAAAGAACAGAAGAAUGCAGCCCAAAACACCACAGAAAAAAAUCAAAAGAAGGCCAUCAAAGAGAAACAGAGAGUCUCCACUGAAUCAUCAAGAACCUCGUUUUCCUCUGCAUGUUCUUCUAGUCUUUCAUCUUUAGAAUGCAAUAAUGUUCCACAGCUCGAACCAUGUUCUUUCAAUCAAACCAUUGUUCCUGAUGUUCAUGCUCGAGACUCGCCCGUAUACCAACCAAAUGCUUCUUUCCGGUCAAGCCAGCAAUCCCCUGAUCUCAGAGAUGUUGUCAAAGACUCCAUUUACAGAGAAGCCCGUGGCUUAUCAGUUAAAACUGCAAACAAAGGUGAAACUGGGGGCCUAACCUUGAAGUAUUUUGAUUCUCCAAGACCUUUCCAGCAUCCUGAAUCUGUAAACCCUAAAGUUUCAGGUUCAAAGGAACCAUUCCAAGUUCUUCAUAAGCUUCGUGAAGCACCUCCUAAAUUGAGUGGAGGGAAGACUUCGACAUUGAAGGAUGCUCGACGGUUCUCUUGUGAUGGAAGGGAAACAAGAGAUGCAUUGAAAUCCACCAUAAAGCUCAAGGAGCUCCCAAGGCUAUCAUUGGACAGCAGAGCAGUACCAGUAAGGGGUUCCACUAUUGAAAUGAAAUCAAAUGAUCUUUUAGGAAAUUUGGAGAGAGCAGAUGGUAAAUUGAACAAUUUCUCAAACCAAGACGAAGAACCUGAAAGCCGUACACGACUGUCUAAUGUUGUAGCCAAGUUGAUGGGAUUGGAAGCUCUCCCCAAUUCCAUGUCAACCGAUGGGAAUAUGGCAAGAGAGAUCAAAGCACAUCCAGGUGUAGAAAAGAAUACUUCCCUUGGAUUAUCAAGAACUACUGAUGAGAACAAGCAAAACACAAUUCCAGGCUCACCAAGAAAUCUUCACAAGGAACCUACCUCACCCCGGGUGAGAAAUGUUCAUUCAGUCAAGAAGCCUAUCCCAAACUCAAAGAUUCCAAUAGAAACAGCACCAUGGAAGCAACUAGAUGGAAACAGAAAUUCUCAGACACCAGCUUUGAAGAAUCGGACAAAUAUACCAAAAGCACCGGACACCUCUCUCACUGUUUAUGGUGAAAUACAGAAAAGAUUGGCACAGCUUGAGUUCAAAAGAUCUGGUAAGGAUCUUAGAGCUCUUAAACAAAUACUUGAAGCAAUGCAGAAGACCAAGGAGAUAUUAGAGACCAAAGCUGCAAGGUUAGAAACUGAGCCUACUAGUAAAAGCAGUAUUCAUCAGAACUCAAAGUCAUCCAGUCAAUGCAAUCUCCAGAGUAACAGCCCCACUACCCUUACCAGGCGGACUGAUUCCCCAAAAAGUUUUAAAUCCCCAAUUGUGAUUAUGAAACCAGCCAAACUCAUCCAAAAAGCCAGUAAUCCUUCUUCUUCAGUAAACCCAGUUGAGAGUUUUUCAGUUCUUCAUGAACCCCAGACUGCUGACUUUGCAGAUGGCAGAACUGCUAAAGAUCUAACUCCUAGAGCCAAUCAUCUUAAGGAUCGAUCUAGUCCAUCCUCCCGUACAACUGACAAAAAUACUGUUGCAAGAUUGACAGGACAGUUUCAACCUUCAAAGGAGCCUCAGUCCAGUGCUAGAGAGAAUACCAACUCUGUUAAGAGCUCGGGAACCUUGAACCUAAGACAACCGAAAAAGCUUGGAUUGGAGAAGCAAGCUCGUCAAACAACCCCAUCAUCAGAAUCAAUCAGGAACAGAAGGCAAUCCAGUAGACAACGAAUAGAAUCAGGAUCCCCACACAGAAAAUCAGGACCGAAAUCUCUCAAUUUGCAGCCAAGUGAUGAUGAAUCCAGUGAUAUUGGUAGCGAUGUGAGAGAUUUGAGCCACCAAGGGGAUGCAUUGUCUAUGCAGUCAGAGAGCACCAUUAGCUUGGCGUCACAGGUUGAUGAAGAAGUCUCGAGCACUGACAGAUCUAAUAAGGCAAAUAUCAGCUUUAUCCAGAAAGCUCAGCAGAGACAAAGAAAACCAGUAGCAAGAUCAACUGCAGAACCGGUAGCAGCUCCCUCAGAACAACCAAGUCCAGUGUCUGUUCUUGAUGCAACAUUCUAUGUUGACGACUUGCCAUCUCCCAUUAAGAAGAAAUCAAUUGCCUUCAAAGAAGAUGAAGUUGUGUGGAGUCUUGAGGAAGCAAAUCACUCUUGCAGCAACAACUCCAGUCUCAACUCUAUGAUCAAUCAUAAGAAAGUGGAAAACAUCCAUUUCUUAGUUCAGAAUCUCAGAAAGCUGUUAUCUAUUCAUGAGGAACCCUUCACUGAUGGAAUUACACCCCUUUACGAUAGCAAAAACCCAGACCAUAAAUACGUUUCAGAUAUCCUAUUAGCAUCAGGUAUCCUGAAGGAUUUUGAAUCUACUUUUACAAUUGUACACCGCCAUCAAGCAGGCUACCCAAUCAACCCCAAUGUAUUUCUCGCUCUAGAACAAGCCAAGGCAAGCACAAGGUAUUCAAAUGAUGAGGAGAGUGGUAUGAAGACUGCCCAGUCAGAAUAUCAUAUCAAAAUCCAAAGAAAACUUUUAUUUGAUGUUGUGAAUGAAAUUCUAACCCAAAAAUUACUUCUGGAAAGUUCUUACAAGUAUCCUCUCUUACCAAAUAUACCAGAAGGGAAAAGACCAAGAGGACAGCAACUUUUAGGGGAAUUAUGCUCAAAGGUAGACAGAAUGCAAGUUGAUGCCUCAAAUUGCAGUUUAGAUGAUGAGAAUGACAGUUUGAGAAGCAUCUUACAGGCAGAUUUGAUGCAGCACUCAACAUAUUGGACAACUUGUAGUAGCGAAAUUCCAGGGCUGGUUCUGGAUAUUGAGCGAUUGAUUUUUAAAGACUUAAUAAGUGAGGUUGUGAAUGGUGAGGCACUUGCUCUGACAGUGCAAUCAGGCGGGCACUGCAGGCAACAGCUUUCCAAGUAGCACUUUCCAUGGAACUAUUUCAACACAAUUAUUCAGUCUCUCCCUCUUCCGGUGUUCAAAUUUGGGGAUUAUUUAAUUUUAUCAUUUACAUAAUGGAUGCAAAUCAAAAUAAGCUAUUGAGUAAAAAUUAGGUCUAGCAUGUGUAUGUUAAAGAAAUAACAAAAAUUUCAAAUUACAAUGAA